AUGCGUGUUCAUCUUCAACCACAUCCACAAGCUGAGGAGUUUUCGAAAGUACUCAUUGACAUAGGUGACGGUAAGAUCCCAGAAGAAGACGGAAAAAUAAAUGUUUCUUGCAUUCGUUGUGAUAUUGUCCCAGAUUUAAUCACCUUGACUGAAAAAAUAUACCCGAAUAUUGACAAGGCUGGAGAAAAUUGCAGUUCAUGGUUAAAAGAGAGAGCUAUUCUCACUCCAACUAAUGAACAAGCUAAUUCUAUUAAUAACUUUUUACUGGAGCAACUGCCAACUGAGCAAGUAAGAUAUGAGUCGGUAGACACAGUAAUGGAGGACGAAGACGUUGUUCACUACCCUGUAGAGUUCUUACAUACUCUUAAUCCACCAGGAAUACCUCCUCAUGUUCUUCAUCUCAAGAUUGGCACCCCAAUAAUGUUGCUCAGAAAUUUAAACCCUCCAAAAUUAUGUAAUGGAACUAGGCUCCAAGUCAAGAUCUUACACAAAAAUGUUAUUGAGGCCACAAUUAUCACCGGAAAAUAUCAAGGAGAAACUGUAUUCAUUCCAAGAAUUCCGUUAAUUCCAUCAGACUAUCACUUUGGAUUAAAACGUCUGCAAUUUCCUGUUAAAGUUUGUUAUGCUAUGACAAUUAAUAAAGCACAAGGGCAGGGUUUGAAGAUGGCUGGAAUUGAUUUAAGAAAUGAUUGUUUCUCUCAUGGUCAACUUUACGUGGCAUGCUCAAGAGUAAGUUCACCUGACAACUUAGUCAUUCUUCAGCCAAUUGGAAAAACCAAAAACGUCGUGUAUAAAGAAAUUUUAAGUAUUUAA